AGCGAUUGAGCUGUCAAAUAAAUUGUCAUGCAAGCCAACUAAAAAGAAAGAUGGAGAAAAUUGGGGCGCCUGAGUGAAGUUAAUAUCAAAAUUUAAUGAAGCUAUCUUCUUGAUCAACACAGUUUACAGGAGCAGUCGUCUACACAAACACGAUAUACAAUGCCACCAAAAAGGUCGGUCGGUCGGCCCCUUGGUUCUAAAAACAAAAAGAAGACGAUUAGGAAACGAAAGGCUGUGAAGAUAAAAUUGGAAAAUACUUAUUAUGCCACUUGUUGUAAUCGACCAUUCGAUAGCGAAUUAGCUUUCAUAAAACACAAGAUUACAUGUGAUCGCCAGAUUUCACUGCAAUAUGUACCUGAUAAAAAGAUUUCACUAAGCUGCAAAAAGUGCAACAAGAAAUUUAAAUUUAAAAAGAGCUUGCAAACUCACUAUCAUAAUGAACAUUCAAAAUUGGCUGAUGCAGUUCCUUGUCAGCAGUGUAAUGUUCGCUGUCCUACUCAUGAAAUUUUGGACCAACAUGUUCAAAAUGUUCAUGAAAAGAAAGAGUUUCCAUGUGAGCAUUGUGGCAAGGUUUUUGUCAGGCAUUCCCAUGUCAUUCGCCACAUGUCACAAACUGGAUGUGAUGGCAAUGGACAUACAGUGUUUACUUGUGAAAUAUGUCAAGCUACUUUCUCCAGAAAAGACAACCUACAAGUGCACUUACGUCUUCAGCACAUCAUGCGCGAGAAUUAUUGGUGCAAGAUAUGCAUAUACUCUACAAAGAAUUUCUCAAAGUUAGUGAGGCAUUGGCAAAACACCCAUAUGAAUCCGCAGGUAUUCACAUGUGAUCAUUGUGGUAAAUCAACAAGUUCUAGAGCAGCUAUUUCCAAACACCUAGAGAUCCACGGAGAGAAGUCUCAUAUAUGUGAUGUGUGUGGGUACAGCACAUUCACGACGGAAGUGUUGCGACGUCACGUGUUGACGCACGUGACGGAGAAGCCCUAUAAGUGUCACCUGUGCGGAGUCUCCUACAUCCAGCUCUCGCAGCUCCGCCGCCACAUUGAGAAGCACAAGGGCAAUAAGUGCUGCCAUUGCAAUAAGACAUUCCCUUCUAAGCUUAAGUUACUCAUACACAUUCGUGAACAUGAGGGACUGGAUAAGUUGGUGUGUACGUUUGAGGAUUGCUCACUCGUGAAAAAGGAGUUCGCCGACGUUAAAACUCUGCACGCACAUUUGAAGAGCCACGUGGAGUCGAGAUCGUUCGAAUGCGAGGUGUGCGGCAAGGCGUUCCACUCGGAGCUGACGAUGCGGCGGCACGUGAGCACGCACCGGCUGGACCGGCCGCGGCGCUGCAUGUACUGCGUGUGCGCGCGCGCGUACGUGCGCGGGGAGCAGCUGCUGCGGCACGUGCGCAAGCUGCAUCCCGACAUCUUCCGCCAGCAUCUGCAGCACGUGCGGACUGUCUUGGGCGUGAACCCAGCGAUAGAGCGCGUGAAGAAGUCUGAGCUGGAGUCGAUCCUCACUGUGCUGGACGCGGAGUCGGAGCGCAUCAUCGAGAGCUACAGCGACAAGGGCGUGCUCUACGGCGGCGUGCAGACCGAUGAAGAGCGCCCGGCGACCGCGGAAACAGAGAGCCCGUUGAUGUCUGAAGAGGAUUUGGAACAAAAUCUGAAAAUUUUGCUGUCCCACCUCAUCGAUAUGGACACCCUGGAGGCCUUUGGUUGGCAGGAUAGCUCUAUUGACGAGGUGCUGGAGAAGGUGGUGAGCAGCUGCGGCGCGCGCGCGGCGGACCGCGGCCGCUGGGCGCGCGUGCAGCGCCUGCGUGAGAACGCCAAGCUGCUGUUCCUGCACGCCGGCGACGCGGCGCUCGCGCGCAUGCUGGACUCGCACACCAUCGACCAGAUCGUACGCCACGUCAUUGCGCAGGUCGCCGAGGGGCAGCAACGGAAGUAAUUGCUUGCGGCGGUCGUGUUUUGUCGGAUGCCUUUAAGCGACUUUAAUAACAAUCUGACACCGGUGUUAGCAACACUCUCGAAAACAAAGAAGACGGACUGGAUUCUGAAUUUCCUGACGUCACUUUUCUAAAUUUAAGGAUCCGUUUCACCGCCUUCUGGAAAAGAUAAACUGAUUGUUAUAUGUAUAUGUCUGUCUGAAGUUAUUUGCCAGUUUUAAAUUUGACGCGAUCUGUUUGGUAUGUUACGUGUGAAACAGUCCCUAAAUGCCGCAUUUUAAACGCAAAAUUUUAACGUUAUAUACAAAAUAUAAUCAUUAGAUAUUAAUUGUUAUUUUUCAGAUGUUUAAUUUUUUUUUUUGUAUGACUUUCAAAAUGUUUUUCGUCAUAUUAGUAAAAACCAUGAAAUUCGUGUAACGUUUGCAUUUUAAACACUGCAAAGAUAAUUUUAGGAAACUGAUUGAACCUACAUUAAAAAGAAAUUAUGUAUAAUUUAUUAUAAUUUAUCAGAUUUUAUAGUUAUACUAUAUUAUUAUCAUUAAGUUUGGCUUUAGUUCUUAUUACAAUUAUAAGAUUAUUUCAAUAAUAUAUUGGUUGGAACACUUUUAAUAAGCAUAUACUUUAUUCAUAAAAAAGUUAAACAUACUUUAGCUUGAAGUAUACUUUAACUUUUUCAUUAAUAUAUAAUAACAUGGUUAAUAUAUAAGAAAAGUCACUUGGCUGUACCUCAAGGUUCUGUGACUGUGACAUUUUCAAUGUCAAUCAAUUUGUAAUCUUAAGAAUAGAUAAGGUUGGUGGAGGGUUAUAUUUGUAUGGAACAUAUUUAAGCUUUUCCUAUUUCACUUGAACUGAUUAAUUCUUGUGCCUUUUGAAAUGUGCAAUACCAUAUGUGCCUCGAUGAUGAAUUAUUUGGAUCUGAAUUUUCUUUUAUCUAAUGUCAAAUAAUAUGACACAAAUACCUGUAUCAAUUUGUGGAGCUAUGUAUACAAAAUAUAUUUCAAGUAAGGUAACAGGUAUGAUAACAAUAAAACUUGUAUAUUUACUGUAUUAACAAUACGUGGUUAUUUUUACAUAACUACUUGUUGCUUUACUAAAUCUAUUCUCUAUUUUUCACUAUCUUCAUUUUGUAAACAUACUAAGCGACACUUAGGUUAAGUUUUAUUAAUAUUUUCUGUUAAGAAACAAUUGUGAAUUUUAAAACUAUCUGUAUUAAUUAGGUAUGUGGCUAAUUGUUGGGUUAUGUGAAUAUUUUGUAGGAAUAAGCAUAUUAUUAUAAAGAUUAUUUUUUAAAUCGACAAA